AUGGUUAGACAGGAAAGACUAUCUUUGUUGCUUAAAUCCGCAACCCCGAAUCCAUCGUACAAUAUUUAUCCCCAGAUUUUUUUUACCAAGGCCACCGCCAUGAUCAGACUCAUAGAGCAGCUGCAUAUGUGCAGAGUUGGACACAAGGGGGGCCCGUUCACAUUACGACAUGCUCUUUCGCGUAACAGGUUGAACACAUCUCAGUCAUUACAAAAAUCAUAUGCAAUUUCUUCAUCAUCAUCAUCGGCAACAGCAAGUUUCACCAAUGCUAAAGAACCAAAGUCUAAGAGGUUUCUCAAGUAUUUUGCAGUUGGUGUGGGGAUAGGUAUAGGUGGGUCAGCAUUGUACUACACUAGUGACAAAUUCAGACAUGCAGUGUUGACUGUAGAUCGAGUUGGUGUCGUCACAGUUGCCAUGGUUCGGUGCUUUGCUCUAUAUAGAGAGACUUUGAACAAAGAAUUUGAUUCAACAACAGCACGGCAAGAUGCAUUAUCAAAAACCCACAAGAAAGCUGCUGAAAUUACCUUGAAAGCUUUGGAGAAGAAUGGUGGUAUUUACAUCAAAUUAGGACAACAUAUUACUGCGUUGACUUACUUGUUGCCUCGUGAAUGGACAGACACUAUGAUUCCAUUACAAGACAAAUGUCCCAGAUCUUCAAUGGAGGAAAUUGAAAAGUUGUUUGAAACUGAUCUCGGAGUCAAGUUAGAAGACAUGUUUGUUGAUUUUGAUCCAAAUCCAGUUGGUGUUGCAAGUUUAGCUCAAGUUCAUAUUGCCAGGUUGCGCAAAAACGGACAGAAAGUUGCGGUCAAGAUUCAGCAUCCUAGUUUGAAAGAGUUUGUGCCGUUAGAUGUUCAGUUAACUAGGUUGGUGUUUGACUUGAUGUACAAAGCUUUUCCUGAGUAUCCACUAACCUGGUUGGGUGAAGAAAUGCAAAAUUCGAUUUUUGUUGAGCUCGAUUUUACAAACGAAGCAGCAAAUGCUGAAAGAACAGCAAAGCAUUUCAAAGAUGUUUCCUACUUGAAAAUUCCAGAUGUUCUAGAAGCAAAAAAGAGAAUAUUGGUUAUGGAGUACGUUGCUGGGUCUAGAUUAGACAACUUCAACUACUAUGAAAAGAACCAUAUAGACAGAUCCAAAGUAAGUGCUUGCCUAACCCAUAUAUUCAACGAAAUGAUUUUCAGACCAGAUGUUGGGUUACAUUGUGACCCACAUGGUGGAAACUUGGCUAUAAGAAAAGUUAAACCACACAACGGUUAUAAUUUCGAGAUUAUCCUAUACGACCAUGGACUAUACAGAGAUAUUCCAUUGCAAAUGAAACGCGACUAUGCUCAUUUCUGGCUAGCUGUAUUGGAUCAUGAUAUUCCGGGGAUGAAAAAGUAUGCCAAAGUGUUUGCUGGUAUUGAAGGUGAACAAAAGUUUAAGAUAUUCGUUAGUGCAAUCACGGGUAGGGCCCCUGAUACUGUAUUGAAUAAAGACAUCAAAUCGAAAAGAUCACAAGAGGAAAUUGAAGAAAUUCAAUCGCAAAUCAAUAAUCAUGAACUGGGAGUAUUAGAGGACUUGAUGGACAUAUUGUCAAGUAUGCCAAGAAUGAUUUUAUUGAUAUUGAAAACAAACGAUUUAACUAGAAACUUGGAUGAGAGUUUAAAGUCUGACCUAGGUCCCGAGCGGACCUUUUUGAUAAUGGCCAACUAUUGUGCUCAAACAAUCUACGAGGAAGGUGUUGAUAUAAUCAACCGGCAAUUUAAAGGAAUUUCGUGGGCUUUCAAAAGAUUUGUUAAUUGGGUCGAUUAUCAAAAAAGGUUGACCACUUUGUAUAUAUAUGAUCUUGUAUUGAUGUUUCAAAAUGCAAGAUCCUGA